AAAACGCAUUUGUAAUGCCCAAUAUAUACUUAUUUUUCAUGUCAAAUUGAGGCCGUGUAAAACUUCACCGGCUGAGGUAUAAUCAUUGUUCCACAUCCAAAAUGCAUCCUUUCUUUCUUUGCAAAUGUUGCCAAUACGUACAAUGAUAUUCAGAAUACAUUUCCACAGAAAUUCUUUCGAUAGGAAGCUUAAAGGACUUUCUCUUCAAACAUAUUUUCUUUUAGCAAACCUUGACCUUUAGUUGGAAAAAUGGUUUGAAAAAUAACAAACACACCCAAUUUCUUCCUUAAAAAAAUUUCUCGUUGGGAGAGACUAGAGAGGGAGGGAGGGGAGGUUAGGUUGGGUUUAAUUAUUCUCGCUGGCCAUUUGUUUAUCUCAUCUUUUGCCAGAAGUAAUUUCACUCCCCUGCAGUUCUGUCAAGCUGUUCCCAAGUCCUGCCACAAAACAGGAUAACUCCUUGGAAUUCCAAGGGUAAACUCAACCCAUUUCCUCUUUCUCCUCAACAGACCUUGCAGCCUUCCUCCGUCGUUUCCAUUUUCCAGUUCCCAUUCCCAAUCUCUUUCCUUGCCCACAAUUUCUUCUCUCUUCAUCUGCUCCAAAGAUAGCUACUUUCGGUUCUGGGUUUUCCUUAUCACGGUACGUUUGGUAGCCAAAUGGAUUUGCCAACUUUCUUUGCUAGGUGUUGGAUUCGCUUCAAUUUGUGUGGUCGAAUGGAGUAAUGGGUUUCUGUUGUUAGUUAAGCGAUCGCUGUUAGCAUCGUUUUGUAUAUGCAAAGUAUUCGAUGUUUCUGAUGCAUUAGCCUAGGAGGAAUCGAGGAUUUAUUUGAGAUUGAGAAUUGAAAGUCGAAAGACACGAACUUGGAAGCUGGCUGGAUUAGGGUUGUUGUUUCUAUCACUAGACAUGGAUGAGAUCGGAGGAGGGUCGUCUGAAUCUGUGUCUGCAAUGGCUAGUCCUAGAUCUGUAAUAACCUAUGAGUAUCGUGAUGAAGGUUGUUGCCCCAGGCAAGCUUCACCGAUUAGGAUAUGUGAGUCGAGGAAUACUAGCCCCAUGGGUCGUGUAGGGCUGAGGAAUACAAGCCCUUCAAGGCAAAAAGUAGUGAAGACCAAACCUCGCGGUUUGGAUGAAGAGACUGCUUCUACGUUUGGGAAAUCUAUUCAUUGUGAUGUUCAGAUGGAGGACAACAUAUGGGCAAUGUUGCCUGAGGAUCUUUUGAAUGAGAUUCUAGCUAGAGUUCCCCCAUUCAUGAUCUUUCGCCUCCGUUCGGUUUGCAAACGUUGGAAUGCAAUUCUUCAAGACAAUAGCUUUCUUAAAUUUCACUCCCAGGUGCCUUCUCAUGGUCCUUGUCUUCUGACAUUUUGGAAGAACUCUCAGACUCCACAGUGUUCUGUUUUCAGUCUGCCCUUGAAAACCUGGUAUCGAGUUCCGUUCACAUUUCUGCCACAGUGGGCAUUUUGGUUGGUUGGUUCUUCUGGUGGGCUCGUUUGCUUCUCCGGACUGGAUGGGUUAGCUUUCAAAACUCUGGUAUGUAAUCCACUGACUCAAACUUGGAGGACACUGCCUAGCAUGCAUUAUAAUCACCAAAGGCAGUUGAUAUUGGUUGUGGAUCGUUCAGAUAGGUCCUUCAAAGUUAUAGCUACCAGUGAUAUCUUUGGUGAUAAAUCUUUGCCAACUGAAGUUUAUGAUUCAAAGCUGGACAGAUGGUUGGUUCACCAGAUAAUGCCUGCAGUUAAUCUAUGCUCUUCAAAGAUGGCCUAUUGUGACUCUAGGUUGUAUCUCGAGACUCUCUCUCCUCUCGGUUUGAUGAUGUAUAGUCUUGACAAAGGUUAUUGGGAGCAUAUUCCUGCUAAGUUUCCACGCUCUCUGUUGGACGGAUACUUAGUGGCUGGCACUCAACAACGGUUGUUUUUGGUUGGAAGAAUCGGCCUUUACAGCACUCUUCAGAGUAUGAGAAUUUGGGAGUUGGAUCACACCAAAAACAUGUGGGUAGAAAUUAGUAGAAUGCCACCAAAGUAUUUCAGGGCACUGCUAAGGUUAUCAGCUGAGAGAUUUGAGUGCUUUGGUCAGGAUAAUUUGAUUUGUUUCACAUCAUGGAACCAAGGGAAGGGUCUGUUGUAUGAUGUGGAUAAGAAGGUUUGGUCGUGGAUUGCUGGAUGUGCUCUCCAGUCAUAUAACAGCCAGGUGUGCUUUUAUGAGCCUAGAUUUGAUGCUUCAAUAUAUUGAGGUGGGAAUUUUUUAUCUGCAGUUGUAUACUCCUCACUGAAUCGGUCAUUAUGAUUUUCAAAUUUUCGUCUUUGUUUGUGAUCGACUUCACUUGAGCAAACUUCAUAUAUUGCACUGCAGCACACCUAGUGAUUGGAUCAACAUUGGUACAACCCUAGAUGCUGAUUAAUUUAUGCAAGAACAUGAUCCUGAUGACAUUUUUUUUAGCAGCAUAGGUUCACUGUUUUUUUGUGUAUGAAUCAAGCACAGUUAAGUGCUCUGUACAUUGAUGAGUUCUGGGGUUGCGAGAAACUGUUUUGCUUUACAUGGACGAACGAUCAUGUGCAGAGCCAAAAUGUAAGCAGAAUUAUAGUAAAGUAACUAUGACCAU